AUGAGCAAUAUAUCAAAGGAUGGGCCUUAUUAUGAAGCAUUGCCAACCAAAUUGAAACCGUAUAAUUACGAUUUGUCAAUCUACGACAUCGAUUUGAGCAGGGAUGUCUUUAAAGGUACAGUUGUCAUUCAUUUAAAUGUCGUUGAAAAAACUAAUGAAUUGUAUCUCAACUAUAGAGAUAUCACCGUUGUUAAGGAAAACAUCAAGGUCGAAAACGAUGGUAAAAUUGUGCUGGUAGAUUCAAUCGAAGAGAACAAGCAAAAGGAGUAUUUUGUUGUAAAAUUUGCCGAAAAUGUUUCAAAUGGUGGCAAGGUAAAUGUGACCAUUGAUUAUGAGGCUAUAAUCCAGAGUAAUAUGGCUGGAUUCUAUAAAUCAGCUUUUAAUGAAGACGGCAAGGAAAAGCAUAUGUUGAGCACUCAAUUUGAGGCAACUGAUGCUAGAAGAGCUUUCCCAUGUUUGGAUGAACCGUGUUUAAAAACCACUUUUAAUGUUGACAUUUCCGCAGAUUCCAGAUGGACCAUCUUGGGAAACAUGCCAGUGAAAUCCAAAGUCGAAGUAUCCAAAGAUUUGCAGAAGGUUUCAUUUGAGCAAACACCCAUCAUGUCGACAUAUCUUCUUGCAUGGGCAUGUGGAGAAUUCGAGUAUAUUGAAUCAUUCACCAAGGAAAAUUACAAUGGUAAGCCACUUCCCGUGAGGAUUUACACUACUAAAGGAUACCUAGAAGAAGCAAAGUUGGCCUCUGAGAUAACGCCAAAGAUUGUUGAUUAUUUCUCAAAAAUAUUUGAGAUUGCAUAUCCUUUACCGAAAUUGGAUUUAAUUGCCGUGCACUCAUUCUCUCACAAUGCUAUGGAGAAUUGGGGGCUAAUAACUUAUAGAUCUACAGCAUUGUUGUUUUCAGAAACAAAAUCUGAUCCUUCCUAUAAACAAAAAGUGGCAUAUGUUGUAGCACACGAAUUAGCACACCAAUGGUUCGGUAAUCUUGUCACUAUGAAGUGGUGGGAUGAGUUGUGGUUGAAUGAAGGCUUUGCCACUUGGGUUGGUUUUGUUGCUGUUGAUCACUUGUAUCCCGAAUGGGAUAUUUUUAGCGGGUUUGUUUCUGAAUCUUUGGAGCAAGCUUUGGAUUUGGAUGGGUUGAGGAAGUCUCAUCCAAUUGAGGUCCCAGUUGUUGAUGCACUAGAUAUUGAUCAAGUGUUUGAUGCAAUCAGCUAUUUAAAAGGUGCUUCAACUAUAUUGAUGAUCUCAAAAUAUUUGGGUACUAAAGUGUUUUUAGAGGGAGUUUCAUUGUAUUUGGAGAGGAACAAAUACUCAAAUGCAACGAGUCAUGAUUUAUGGAGUGCUAUAAGUGAGGUUUCUCAAAAGCCAAUUAAUCAAUGGAUGAACUCUUGGAUCAAAAAAGUCGGAUUCCCUAUUGUCAAUGUUAGUAGCCACGAGAAUAGCUUGGUUUUAUCUCAAUCAAGAUUUUUGAAUGGUGGCGACGUUCAGCCUGAAGAAAAUGAAACCAAAUGGUGGAUUCCUUUGAACGUGGCAACUGAUUGCGCCACAAUUCACGAAAAAACUACCGAUGCACUUGACAGUGAGAAACUCAUUAUUGGUGAUUUUCUAUUAAAAAAGGAUGGGUUUUUCAAGAUUAAUAAGGAUACAGCAGGAGUUUAUAGGGUCAACUAUGGUGAAUCUUUCUUAACAGAACAUGUACUGGCUCAUUUUGAUAAAUUGUCAGCUAGGGACAAAGUUGGGUUGAUUGCUGAUUCUGCGGCAAUUGCUUGCGCUGGAAAUAAUACUACAACGUCAUUUUUGAAACUAGUAAAGGAUAUUUUACCCAAGUUGGGUAACGAUUAUGUGGUUUGGCUAGAAUUGGGUAAAAGAUUAGGAGACUUUUCUACUGCAUUCACCACGAAGGAACUAGUUUCGAAAAUACAAAACUUACUCUCCUCAGUAUAUGAAGAACGAUCAGUAAAGAUUGUUGAGGAUAUCAAAGAGUUUGCUAAAUUGGAUAGUUCCGAUUUCUUGGAAACUAAAUAUAGAAGUGAACUACUAACAAGAGCUGGAAAAUUACAUAUUGAGCCGGUUUAUCAAUUUGCUCUAGGAUUGUUUAGUAAUCAAGGUGGCGAAAUUCAUCCUGCGUUACGAUUAUUUGUAUAUACUACAAUUGCAGCAUCGCCUCAUUUUACUAAGGAACAGUACGAAACUAUUUUAAAGCAAGUGACUCACCCAACCUCGUUGGAUUCAAGGGAAAUUGCACUAACUGCAUUGGGAUCGGUGAACAAUAUGGCUAUUAUUGAGCAAUUGUUACCUUCUUUGAUUGAUACUAAUAUCAUACCAGUCAUGGAUGUGCAUUUUGUAGCCAAACCAUUGAGCAUAAACCAUGCGACAAAGGAUUUGUUUUUAGAUUUUUUCUUGGACAAUUAUGAAAGUUUUUAUAAGAUCAUGUCUACCAAUAUGGUUGUUUUAGACCGAUUCGUUAAGUUGACUUUAAGGAAUUAUCAAAGUGAAGUGGAUUAUAACAAAAUCAAGAAAUUUUUUGCUUCCAGAAACGUUCAUGGAUUUGAGAGAUCAUUAUAUCAAGCCUUAGAUAACAUCAAAAUUAAUGCCAACUGGUUUGCUCGUGAUCGUGAAGAAGUUGUCAACUACUUACAAGAUUAUUAA